AUGUCUUCAUGUCCAAUGACGUUUUUGACUGUUGAUGAAGUAAGCGAGGGGGACACAACCUGUGGUCAAAAGGACUAUAAUAACAGUCCUUACAGACACAGGGUUCCAAGUCCCCUACUAGGGGAGGUCAAUUUUAAUAUGCUAAACGUUUCGCCAAGACCAAGGUGUAGGUCAUCGUCUGUCAAGAAAUCAAAAAAGAAAAGCUUGGAGGUGUUCGAUCUUGAUAUUCGCCCUCGAACCAGCAGUCUUCCUACCAAAAGUACAUAUAAAAAACCGAAUCUCGGGUCAUUACGUCAUACGUCGGAAGGAUGUGCGGACGACGAUAAUGAUACAGACUUCUACAGACUACGGACAUUCGAGCUCACUCCAAAAGGGAUCAUAAAUCGGGGAGACUCCCUUAGGUCCCGAAGUACAAAUAGCAUUCUCUCGUCGGGGAGUGAAAUGGGUUGUCUAUCGAGGACAUCUAGUUCCCUGUCACAGAGUAGUUUUGGGAAUAGUACAGGUUCUGGUGGAACUGCUGUGCCGUUUAGGGUUCUUGUAGUGGGCCCAGAAGGAACUGGUAAAAGUUGUAUGGUGAGACAAUUCACAACUUCGGAAUACCUAGGAGGAUUCGAUACCAGUCUUGAUAGUGACGAUAACAAGAGUAUUUCUGUGCUACUUGACGGCGAGGAAUCUACAUUAGAAUUUAUCAAGCUCACGUCAACUACAGGAUGGGAUUACAAGGACAAUGUGGACGCUUACGUUGUAGUUUAUGCUACGGAUGAUAGACAGACGUUCGACAGGGCCGUCGAUCUUCUCUAUUGUCUUCGCAAGGACGAAAAGAAGGAAAACGCAACAAUUCUCGUGGCAAACAAAUGUGAUUUAGAACGAUCCCGUACAGUUUCCAUCGAAGAAGCGAAAGCUGUAGCAAAGACGUAUGAUUCCAAGUUUGUUGAGACAUCCACAGUAGUCAACCACAACAUCGACGAGCUUCUUGUUGGCAUCCUCAGCCAGAUCCGCCUCAAACUCAAACAGCAAGACAAACCGCGCACGCGCGCUGAGGUUGCGCAGGGCUGCAUUAACAAGAGCAAGUCACUUCUCAACAAAAUAUUCCGUAAAGAAGACAUGUCCAAAUCCUGUCAAAACUUGUACGUGUUGUAA